AUGUCUGGUCUGGACGCACAAGAAAUAGCCGCCGCCUACGAUGCCGUGCGCUCCGACAAGGAUACCACCAACUGGCUCCUAAUCUCGUACGCGUCGGCCGUGGGCAACAAGCUGACGCUCACCAAGACGGGCACGGGCGGUCUCUCUGAGCUGGUGGGCGAGCUUGACGACGGGCAGGUCCAGUACGGCUACGUGCGCGUCGAGUACGCCAACGACAAGGAGAGCACGCGCGUCAAGUUUGCGCUGGUGGUCUGGAUUGGAGAAAACACAAAGGUGAUGCGCAAGGCUCGCGUUAGCAUCGAGAGCGGAGACGUCAAGAGGCAGCUUUCGCAUCACAGCAUUGCCGUCACGACGGGGGAUAAGUCCGAGUUGGAUGAGAGGGAUAUCGUGGUUCGGUUGAGGAAGGCUGGUGGUGCUGAUUACAAUGGAGGACGGGGUUAA